CCUAGAGAGUCAGUCAGUAGGUCAGUGUGUUCGGGUAGGUCUAAGUGGUGAGGAGUGGGACUUUGUCGUGCAUCUGACGCCACGAUGGAUGACUAUCCGAUGUAUGGGGUGCUGGUUGGGUUCUCCCUUUGGGGGACCCUCUGGCGCCUCCUCUUUCCUCUGGGGUUCUGGCACACCUUCACGUGUACAGUAGAUACCCGAGGUGGUGCCUCCACCAAGCCAUACACGAAGGAGGAGGAGGCGAAGAUGGCCGCCAUUCUGCAGGAGAAGAAGGAGAAGAAGGAGGCCAAGAAGGCCUUGAAGGAGGAACAGGCAGCCAAAUUAAAGAAGAUAGAAGAAGAGAUGGUCAGAGAAAAGGAGACGAUACAGAAAGAAGAAGAAGAGAAGUUGAAAGAGGUGGAAGAGGAGGAAGAAGAUGAAACGCCAUUGCAGAGGAAGAGGGGGCAGUACAGUGGCAGUAGGGAGGAGGAAAUGGAGAAGCGGAUCUCAGAGUGGGUCGCCAACUUAUCCCUAGGCGAAGAAGAGGAGGUGGCGAUGUAUAUCUCUAAGGACGAUCAGGAAGCCGCUAUGAGAGCUUGGGAAGCAGAAAAAGAUGUUGUGAAGCGGCAGGCAAUGGAAGAUGAAAAGAGAAUGGAAUGGAGGUUGGCGGUGAUGAGGGAGAAGAAGAGGAGAGUGGACGCGGCAGCGGAGGCGGCAGAAGAAUUAGAGGAGGUCUUGGAGAAGCUGAGGGAAGCUAACUUCAAGAUCAAUGCAAAGAAGUGCGAUUGGGCGAAAACCCAAGUUUUGUACUUAGGUCACGUCUUAGACGGAGACGGCGUUAAGCCAGAGGGUAGCAAGAUCGCAGCGAUUAGAGAUUGGCCCACGCCACGUACACUAACAAAGUUGCGCUCGUUCUUGGGCUUAGCUAAUUACUACCAGAAGUUCAUGAGGAACUUCUCUACCAUCGCUGUGCCCCUUCGCAGACUGUUGAGAAAGGAGACCAUCUGGAAGUGGGAUGAGGACUGCACGUCUGCCAUGAGGAAGUUAAAGCAGGCAUUGAUAGAGUAUCCAGUCCUUAAAGUUGCCGAUCCGUCUUUGCCCUUUGUCGUCACGACCGAUGCGAGUCAAUACGGCAUAGGCGCAGUGUUACAGCAAGACGAUGGCGAUGGGUAUAGACCCGUAGAGUUCAUGUCCGCCAGAAUGUCUUCAGAGAAGAUCGCGACAUCUUCCUAUGAGAGGGAACUCUACGCUCUCAGGCAAGCCUUAGACCACUCGAAGCAGUACUUGCUUAGGAGGCACUUCAAAGUCUAUUCCGACCAUGAAACGUUACGAUGGUUAAAGACGCAGGCCAAGAUGACACCUAAGCUUACUAGGUGGGCCGCAGAGAAAGAUCAGUACGACUUCGAGCUCAAGCCUGUCAAGGGGAAGCACUGGCUGUUACGGCUGGCACCUGCGGCAGUGUUCCUUAGAAAGCUCGCACGCACGCUCCGCACAGAAGAGAGUCAGGGAAGGAGGGAGAGAGACAGGAGAGGCAAAAGAGUGGGAAGCGUGGUGGCCAUGGCCAGGAGGGGAGGAGGAAGCAUGUCUGGGCUCAGGAUGUUACAGAGCUGCUGCGGCGCCCUGGUGGCAGCAGCGAUGGUGUUUGCACUGCUGCUCGGCUAUGGCGGACGAGCGGCAGCUUCUGCUGCUGCUCCUUCAACUACUGUAAGCCAUCUUCGAGGGGGAAGUUCAUCGACGAAGUCGAUAGCCGAGCAGGGGCUGCGGACGGCCAUGGAAGAGUCGCUGAAGCGUCCGGCCACGCUAGUGCUGCGGGAGGACAUCGUGCUGAGCGAGCCCCUCAGUCAGUUCUGGGGCAAUCUGACGGUCAGGGGAGCGUGCGCAGGGCGCAAGUGCGCCAUCGACGGGGGGCGGAGGUUCUCCAUCUUCGACGGGCUGAACAGCGCGCCCGAGUGCGCGCUGGUGCUGGACAACCUGGUUCUGCGGAACGCCAAGGGAAGCGCCGUGACGGGGAAGUGCGACCUCAAGGCGACGAGGUGCGCCUUCCGCAACAACACGGGCGGCUUGGGUGCGGCGGUGAGCCUGUGGCUUGGCCCUGCCAAGUGGGAUAUCCAGGACUGCGUGUUCGAGGACAACGUCUGCUUGAGUCAGGGGGACCAGAGCGGCGGCGGUGCCAUCUUCGCCUGCUCCAACGGCCAGGGAAGAGUGGCGCGCUCCGUCUUCCGGCGGAACCGCGCACCCAACGGCUACGGCGGCGCCAUUUGCAUCAACGGGCGAGGGGCGGUCCGCGGCCAGGACUCGUACGUCUUCGAUCGCGUGACCUUCGAUUCCAACAGCGCCAAGCACGACGGAGGGGCCUUCUACAUGAUGUCCUACUUCGAGAAUCCGACCUGGAAGGUCUUCUUCCGGGACAGCACGUUCAAGAWGAACUCCGUCUCGUCCGGCUAUGGCGGCGCCCUGGCGCUGUACGGCGUUAUGGAUGUGCGGCUCUGCCGAAGCGCACUCGCCGGAGGAGGAAACAGUGCUCCGCGAGGGAGAGGCGGCGACAUCGCCGUCGUCAGCCCGGAUUUCCGACCCUCCGUCGACUUUCAAUUCUGCCCCUCCAAGCCGAGGAACCUCUCCCUGUAUGUCCCCAAGAUCCUGGCCUCCGUGGUGUCCCUGCGCGAAGGUUGCCAAACAUGCUAGUGUAGUGUGCUAGCGAUGAGGAGGCAUCCUCCACAAAUUGCACUCCGCCAUUAAAAUUUUCACGUUUUUUACUUAAACUU